AGCCGGGACAGAUGGAGGUUGUGACCAAUAGCUUGUAUUUAAAAACACCGCGAUCUGCCACUGUCAACAUUACUUGCGAGGGAAUGUUCAUCUGAUUUUUUGCUCUGUGUAGAUGUGAUCGCGUUCGUAUUAUCGGCUCUGAAUGAUAAAAGUGAUGAAUUAAGAAGUGUUUCAAGGCUUUUAUUGUGCAUUGGCUGUAACGGCAGCUCUUUUAGUUGAAGUCGCAGACAGCAGCAGGUCCAGUUAUUUUAUAAGUGCUAGUGAUGAAUAGCUUAGAAUGCAAACUGAUUUCAAGAUGUCGUUUUGUGUGUUAUAAAACAAACGAGCGAGUGGUGACCAGUAGCUCUUGGAUGAAACAUUAAUUUAGUGAUAAUUUGACUGAACUGUCAUCUUAUGUUUCUGUUUACUCUGGAAAUUCACUAUUUUCAAAGGUCAAUUUUAACAGUUCAUAGUAUUAUAUGCGUAAUUUGAGAAGGUUUUCGGAAAAGUGAAAAAUAAAUAAAAAAUGAACACAGAAAAGGAUUUUUCUCCCCUGACUCCUAACAUUGUGAGAGCGCUCAAUGACAAACUGUAUGAGAAGAGGAAAGUGGCAGCUCUAGAGAUUGAAAAGCUUGUACGGGAAUUUGUAGCCCAGAACAACUCUGCACAGAUCAGACAUGUCAUCCAGAUUUUGGCCACAGAGUUUGCGCUCUCCCAGCACCCUCACAGCAGAAAAGGGGGUCUCAUUGGCCUGGCAGCGUGCUCUAUUGCCCUGGGAAAAGAUUCUGGAUUGUACCUGAAGGAACUCAUUGAUCCAGUUCUUACAUGUUUCAAUGACUCUGACAGCCGUCUGCGGUACUACGCCUGUGAGGCCCUUUACAAUAUAGUGAAGGUUGCUAGGGUAGCCGUACUGCCUCACUUCAAUGUGCUUUUUGAUGGGCUUAGCAAGCUUGCUGCAGAUCCUGACCCCAAUGUAAAGAGUGGAUCUGAGCUCCUGGAUCGGCUUCUUAAGGACAUUGUAACGGAGAGUAACAAAUUUGACCUGGUGGCUUUUGUCCCCCUGUUGCGUGAGAGGAUUUACUCUAACAACCAGUAUGCCCAGCAGUUCAUGAUCUCCUGGAUCCACGUGUUAGUGUCUGUUCCUGAUAUCAACCUCCUGGACUACCUACCAGAAAUUCUAGAUGGACUCUUUCAGAUUCUUGGAGACAGCAGCAAAGAGAUCAGACGAAUGUGUGAGGUGGUAUUGGGGGAAUUCCUGAAAGAAAUCAAGAAGAAUCCUUCCAGUGUCAAGUUUGCAGAAAUGGCCAACAUCUUAGUCAUCCACUGUCAAGUGUCUGAUGAAUCAAAGUCCACUAACGAUCUCAUCCAGUUGACUGCUAUGACAUGGAUGAGAGAAUUUAUCCAGCUUGCAGGGAGAGUGGUUCUGCCGUAUUCCUCUGGCAUAUUGACAGCAGUGCUACCGUGCCUUUCCUAUGAUGAUCGCAAGAAAAGCACUAAAGAGGCUGCCAGUCCAUGUAAUCACAGCCUGAUGAAGCUUGUGACUCCUGAAGAUGAUGAGGAUGAUGAAGACUUGCAGACCAAAACUUCCCUUUCUAGCGACGAGACUCCAUCUAAGAGAGAAGGAGAUCUGAAUGAUUCCCUCAGUGAGUCACAGGAGUCAGUGGGUUUCAGCAACAUCUCUUUCUUCACGCCAGCAGGUUCUGACAGGUCUGCAGUAACUUUGGACCUGGAUGGCAUAGUGCAAGUACUGAACCGACAUUUACACGAUUCGUCCACUGGAAUGAUGACUCGUAUUGCUGUAUUAAAGUGGCUAUACCAUCUCUACAUCAAGACCCCUCGUAAGAUGUUCAAGCACACAGAUAGUUUGUUCCCCAUGCUACUAAAAACACUGUCAGACGAAUCUGAUGAAGUAAUUUUAAAAGACCUGGAGGUUUUAGCAGAGAUUGCAUCAUCACCUGCUGGACAGACCGACACCUCUGGAUCAUGUAACAACUCGGAUAGCAAAUCGCAGCUCCAUAUACCAGGCAGAUUCAAAGAUGGGCAGCAAAUGGUGGUGGGUUCUAAGAUGGCUGACAUGUCUCCCUCCACCCCCAGCAUGAAUUCAUACUUCUACAAGUUCAUGAUUAAUUUGCUCAAAUGCUUCAGUUUAGAGAGGAAACUUCUAGAAAUGAGGGGGGCCUUCAUUAUCAGACAGCUAUGUCUCCUCUUGCAUGCGGAAAACAUAUUCCACUCCAUGGCAGACAUCUUACUCAAGGAGGAAGAUCUGAAAUUUGCAUCCACUAUGGUGCAAACACUGAACACUAUUCUGCUUACUUCUGCCGAACUGUUCCAGCUGCGAAACCAGCUCAAAGACCUACGCACCCAGGAGAGCUGUGCUCUUUUUUGCUGCCUCUAUCGCUCUUGGUGUCACAAUCCAGUGGCCACUGUGUCCCUCUGCUUCCUGACCCAGAACUAUCGCCAUGCCUAUGACCUCAUCCAGAAAUUUGGAGAUCUGGAGGUGACUGUGGACUUCCUCAUGGAGGUUGAUAAACUCGUGCAGCUAAUAGAAAGCCCCAUCUUUACCUAUCUCCGUUUGCAGUUACUGGAUGUAGAGCAUAACCCUUAUCUGAUCAAAGCUCUGUACGGCCUGCUGAUGCUGCUUCCUCAGAGUCAAGCUUUCCAGCUGCUUUCACAUCGGCUGAGCUGUGUGCCAAACCCUGAACUCAUGAGGACUGUGGAAGACCCAAAGGUACCCGUCAAGGAUAAACGAGUAGCCCAGCCACACAUAGACUACAGUGAACUGCUCCAGCGCUUUGACCGAGUCCAGAGCAAACAUCUGGAAGUGAGGCAUCAGAGGACGGGCCGCUCGGAGCAUCCAGACAGGAAGCUGAUGUUGUAAAUGGUCGCAGACAUAACUAUUGUCCAAGAGAGGCAGCACAUAUGGGAUGAAGGAAAAUCAGACUGCAGGGCCUGUAGUUGGCAUCUACAUUAAUCUCAUUCAGUUUUUAAUGUAUUCAAGCUACUACAUGCAUGAGAGACUUUUUGUGUCUUUUUAUGAUAAAUGAAGUGCUUUAUGUUUAGGUGCUGGAGACUGGAUCUAGUAUAUAUGAACUUGAACACAAUUUCAGUAGGUCAAAUCGGUUACAGAUUAUGGGCCAAUGGUUAUAUCAUUCCUAACCAAAUAUAAUCCUUCCAAGAUGAUUUGUUCAGAACACCUUGCACGUACCCGUGGAUGUUUAAUAGGAAUUUUUAAUCUAAAACAUGAAUAUAGCAGACAUCUGCUCAUGACAUGUAAUGUAAAUGAGUCUUGGGUGCAUAUUUGUCUCUCUCUCUCUUUUUUUUUUUUUUUUUUUUGUAUUGCGAUUUAACUAGAUUUUUAUCUCUUACACUAUGGUACAUGCAAACCUUUUAAUUUAUCUGUAAUGUGAAGACAACUUUACAAUAAAGUGGACCAUAUGUAACCUAA